AUGCCCGAGAUGGGGUUCCUCGCGACGGCCCUGGGGGCGCACGGCCAGCUGCGCGUCGUCGUCCUCACGCGCGACGCCGCGGCCAUCGCCGCGUCCGUCUGCGACCACCGCAACUUCGGGCAGGACUUUGGGGGUCCGGGCGCGGCCGGCUGCGCCAAGGAGCUGGAGUUCCUGUCAAAGGCCGCGCGCCUCAUCGCGGCCCAGGUCGCGGCCCUCCCGGCGACGGUCCUCUGCGACCACUACGACCAGGAGGACCUCACCGACGCGACGCGGGGCGGCCUCGCGCGGCUCGGCGCCUACCUCGAAAUCGACGCGCCGACCUUCGCGGCGGCGACGAACGCGGGCCACAAGCCGAAAAAGAAAAAGGAGCCGCCGCACCCGGAGCGCGACGCGCUCGUCGCCGCGCUCAAAGAAGCGCAGGAAGGCGAGCAGAGCUACCCGAACUACGGCGGUCCCCGCAAGCCCGAGCAGAUGCCCGAGAUGGGGUUCCUCGCGACGGCCCUGGGGGCGCACGGCCAGCUGCGCGUCGUCGUCCUCACGCGCGACGCCGCGGCCAUCGCCGCGUCCGUCUGCGACCACCGCCACUUCGGGGGGCCGGGCCCGAGCGCGUGCGCCAAGGAGCUCGAGCUCCUCUCAAAGGCCGCGCGCCUCAUCGCGGCCCAGGUUUUGGCCCUCCCGGCGACGGUCCUCUGCGACCACUACGACCAGGAGGACCUCAUCGACGCGACGCGGGGCGGCCACGAGCGGCUCGGCGCGUACCUCGAAAUCGACGCGCCGACCUUCGCGGCGGCGACGAACGCGGGCCACGCGCCGUCCAAGCCGGAGCCGCCGCACCCGGAGCGCGACGCGCUCGUCGCCGCGCUCAACGAAGCGCAGGAAGGCGCGGCCGCCGCCUGCCGCGCGCGCGGCGCGUCUUCGGAGGCGAAGCUCGACGCAUGA